AUGACUACCGCAAGUUUCUCUCACAUCGACACAACAUCCUACACGGGAAAGCCUUGGAACAAGGUUGACGGUCCUGGUGUCAGCUUUACUCAGAAAUGGUACGAACGAUCCGUCCACAACCUGCGAGGCCAGGAAGCCGACUUCAACACUGAUAACUCCGGCUUCGCUGUGUACAACUAUCCUGCAAAAGAAAAGCUUUUCACAGACGAGGAGGCAGUACAACAAGGCUACUAUGCCGAGGUUGAGGCUCUACUUCGUGAGAAAAUCCCUGGAAUCAAGAAAGUCGUCAUCUUCGACCACACAAUCCGCCGAAGAGACAAGAACUCUCCACGCCAACCAGUUCAGCAAGUCCAUGUCGACCAGACCCCUGGUGCGGCAGAAGCCCGUGUCCGUCGACAUCUACCCGCCCAUGAAGCCGAGCAAUUGAUCAAGGGACGCUACCAAAUCAUCAACGUGUGGCGUCCGAUCGAAAACCCUGCGUCAGACCACCCGCUCGCCGUAAUAGAUUGGAGGACGACGUCGCCUUCGGACUUUGUUGCCACCGAUCUGUUGCACCCCAAGCGCGCCGACUCCGUGGACGUUGAUGAUCGUGGCAAAGAGGUCCUUCCUGACCCCAACAGCUAUACAUCAACGGAAGGGUACGAGGUCAGGGGAGAGACCAUGGCUGUGGCGCCCAACGAUAAGCACAAGUUUUAUUACGUAAAGGACAUGACACUGGAAGAGGUCCUGCUGCUCAAGUGCUUUGACAGCUAUGGUGAGGGAAUGGAACCCAACGGGAAGAAGGGGCUGGCUGUACGGACGCCGCAUACUGCAUUUUCGGAUCCCAACACUUCGAAGGAUGCGCCUGGAAGGCAAAGUAUCGAGGUUAGGUGUCUGGUGUUCUAUGAAUAGAGUUUGUGGCAACUAGUAACGUUGCAAGGAGUAUAUAGGAUACGAACUCAUAAUCACAUAAUAUCAAGACAAGUUCUGUUUGAUAAUCUGG